CCUGAGAUGCCCAGUUCUCUUGGAGACGGCGGCGGCGGCGGCGGCGGCGCGCUGAGGGUACAGUGCUGGGCGGAAGAAGUCGAGCCCGAGACAUUUCCGGUUCCGGUGUCAGUGUAAGGCGCCGCCGCCGCCGCCGCCGCCGCCGCCGCCGCAGCUGCCAGAGCCGCGAUGCCUAAAGGAGGGAGAAAGGGAGGCCACAAAGGCCGGGCACGGCAAUACACGAGCCCUGAGGAGAUUGACGCACAGCUCCAAGCAGAAAAGCAGAAGGCCAGGGAAGAAGAGGAACAAGGAGAAGAAGAUGGAGAUGGGGCUGCAGGUGACCCCAAAAAGGAGAAGAAAUCACUAGACUCAGAUGAGAGUGAGGAUGAAGAUGAUGAUUACCAGCAAAAGCGCAAAGGUGUGGAAGGCCUUAUCGACAUCGAGAACCCCAACCGAGUGGCACAGACAACCAAAAAAGUCACACAACUCGACUUGGAUGGACCCAAGGAGCUUUCAAGGAGAGAACGAGAAGAAAUUGAGAAGCAGAAAGCAAAAGAGCGUUACAUGAAAAUGCAUUUAGCUGGGAAAACAGAGCAAGCCAAAGCUGACCUUGCCCGGCUGGCAAUUAUCCGAAAACAGCGGGAAGAAGCUGCCAAGAAGAAAGAAGAAGAAAGGAAAGCAAAAGAUGACGCAACUUUGUCAGGAAAACGAAUGCAGUCGCUCUCCCUGAAUAAGUAACAAGGCCUGAGGAGGAGAUACCAGGGAACUGGGUCAUGCGGCCAGGACUGCUGCUGUGUCUCGCCCACCCUGUGCCCUGUCACCAAGGCAGCAGCCCCUCAAGACAAGGAGUUCCCCCCAGCCUGGGGUCUCCUCUUCAUCUUGGCACGGAAAUUGUUUGGGGGAAGGUGGGUGGGGGGCUGGGGGGAGGGGGCAGCUGCUAUCUUUGAGACAGAAAGAUGCAGGACAGCAUUUCAUAUGUAACCAUUCGAAUGUUUUUGCUGUUUUUAGAAUUCAGAACUUUUGUUGGGGGUGCCUGGGAGGUGGGGUAAGAAGAGCGUCCAUUUGUCCAGUAGAUCGCACAGUAGGGGGUGGUUGUGCUGGGAGCUGCUGCUGACGAGUUUGCAACAACCAGCCCAUCUGUGUUGCCUGGGUGCUCACUCGGGGGCUGUCAUCUGGGAGCCUGGGUCUCUGAGGGUCAUGGCUCUUCUCAUGGCCUCCCCUGUGCCCUUCUCUGCCCCAUUCCCACCUCUGACCAGGGCCCCUUCUUAACCCUACCCAUGGAUCAUUUCAAGAAACCGCUGUUUACUGUGCAGCACCCAGGCAAAACAUGCUCUACAAAUCCAACUUGUAUAUUUGGCAGAUUAAACUUGACAUUAUCGUAA